AUGGCUGACGAUGGAAUGCUUAUGAACUUCAGCAUUGCUGACACUGUCAUCCAGCCCGAGGCAAAGUUCAAAGGUGGAACAUGGCGAGACAGAUUGGUAGCCAAGAAGCGUUCGGCGCAUCGAGGCUCGGAGAAGGACCCCAAAGACGCAGCUGCACGCAAUGCAGCAUCCAAGAACCCUAAUCAAAUUCAACUCGGUCCACGGCCUGCAAAGCGCCAAAGAACCGAAGACUCUUCUCAUUCAUCUCAUCGCCCCGGCGGCGAUCGACGCCAGACCCCGCGAGACCCCCGUCAUUUUGUUUCUUCGCUUUUCACUAGCAACCCCGAACCGCGAAAUGCUGAGGAACCAAAGACAGAGGGCGAGGUGGAAGAAGCGAAGCCGACCAAUGCCCCGAUGAUCGACGGAUUAGAUACUUUCACAAACCUGGGAUUGUCGCCCAAUCUUGCGGCGCAUUUGCUCACAAAGCUGGAGCUCAAGGCGCCGACGGCUAUUCAAAGUAGUUCUAUUGGGCAAUUGCUGAAGGAAGAAAGCGACGCAUUUAUCCAAGCCGAGACAGGUUCCGGUAAGACACUGGCUUAUCUGCUCCCGCUCGUGCAACGAAUUAUGGAUCUCUCAAAGGCCACGAAAGAACAUAAUGACAACCAAGUCCACCGUGACAGUGGUUUGUUUGCCAUCAUAUUGGCACCCACUCGUGAAUUGUGCAAGCAGAUCUCUGUCGUGUUGGAGAACAUUCUCCGCUGCGCAAACUGGCUCGUUUGCGGUACCGUCAUUGGUGGAGAAAAGAAGAAGUCGGAAAAGGCUCGCUUAAGGAAAGGAUUGAACAUCCUCGUUGCGACUCCCGGUCGUUUGGCUGAUCAUCUCGACAACACAGAAGCUCUGGACGUCAGCAACGUGCGUUGGUUGGUGCUGGAUGAGGGUGAUCGCUUGAUGGACAUGGGUUUCGAGGAGGAAUUACAGGGAAUUGUGAAAAAGCUCGAUGCCAGACAACGACCGAGUCGUGUUCCUGGUGUGCCUACGCGCCGAACUACGAUCUUGUGUUCGGCUACAUUGAAGAUGAAUGUGCAGAAGCUCGGAGAAAUCAGUUUGAAGGAUGCGGUACACAUCAAGGCCGACCCGACAGAUGAGGAUGAGAAUGCGCCGAAGGAGGAUGAGGACUCAUUCCGCGUUCCGGCCCAAUUAAAACAGUCAUACGCGAUUGUUGCACCUAAGCUACGUCUUGUCGCCUUAACAGCCUACUUGAAGAGGACAUUUAUCCGGAAGGGAUCAGUCAUGAAGGCAAUCGUUUUUAUGUCUUGCGCUGACUCCGUUGACUUCCACUUCGAGCUAUUUUCACGAAACCAAGACCGCGAACAACAAAAGAAAGAUGAAGAGGAGGGAGAUGAGGAAAAGCCCGACGAAAAAGAAGAAUUAUCACCCCACGGAACUAUCGCCCCCGGAAGAGCGUUCUCCAACCCAGGAAACCCGGUUCUCCUGCAUCGUUUGCACGGAUCUCUCCCCCAGAAUGUUCGAACUGCCACACUUGGAUCUUUCUCCCGCAGCACUGAGGCCUGUGUCAUGAUCUGUACUGAUGUGGCCGCUCGUGGUCUUGAUCUUCCUAACGUGGACUUGGUCGUCGAAUACGACCCCGCCUUCAGUUCAGAUGACCACACUCAUCGCAUUGGUCGUACUGCCCGUGUCGGACGUGAUGGUCGCGCCCUCAUCUUCCUGCAGCCUGGAUGCGAAGAGAACUAUGUUGAAAUUCUCAAGCGCGGCUACCGCGAUGGCGGCAAAGCUCUCACUCGCACUGAUGCGAAUGAAAUUCUUAAGCGCGGCUUCGGAAGCAACGACUCCAGAAAGAAGAACUGGGAGGAGAAGACUACCGAUUGGCAAAUGGAUGUAGAGCGCUGGGCUCUCGAGAACCCGCAGUAUCUUGAAAUGGCCCGUCGCGCCUAUCAAUCUCAUGUUCGCGCAUAUGCCACCCACAUCGCUACUGAGCGGAGUAUGUUCAACAUCAAAGAACUCCAUCUGGGUCAUCUCGCAAAGAGUUUCGCUCUGCGUGACCGGCCAGGCAAGAUCAACGUUCCUGGUCUGCGACCUGGACAGGAAGACACCAAGAAGGACUUCAAGGCGGCGCGCAACGGCGUCGCAGGUACCAAGAGGAAGGUUGGUGCCGACGACAAGGCUCCAGGUACGACGGAUCUGGAUGAUGCAGCUCGCAAGAUGAGAGCCAAGAUGAGGGAGAAUAUGGCUGGAGCCAGCGAGUUCAACUUGGCUUGA